UGUUUGCCGCAGUUGGCUUUGGAACCAUUACCAAUGCUUUUGCAUUAAAAUAUUUAAAUUAUUUAGUUUGAUUCAUGAACUACGAAAUUUUUGUUUAGAAAAUCUUUUUGGAAUAGGCCAAUCAAAUUGUUGAACUUCAACGAUGGUGCGAGUCACAGAAGAUGUGUUCGGCAUUGCCGUUAAUCCCAUGUCGCAGAAGAGUGAGCACAUCCGACGCUUUACCUUGACCUCCGAAAAGGGCAUGUCAGUUGCGGUCCUCACGUUGGGCGCCAUUGUACAGAGCAUCAAGGUGCCCGAUCACAAUGGCAAGCUCGAGGAUAUUUGCUUGGGCUACGAUGAUGUUGCCGGCUAUUAUCGCAAUCAAAAAUGCUAUUUCGGCGCCAUAGUUGGGCGGGUGGCAAAUCGAGUUGCUCGCGGACAGUUCAAGAUGUGCGGCAAAGAUAUCCAUCUAUCGCGAAACUUUAAGGAUCGUUACCAUCUGCAUGGUGGUUAUGUUGGAUUUGACAGCGUCAUCUGGGACGUCGUGGGCAUUCACAAGGAUGGCGUAACCAUGCAACACAUCUCCCCCGAUGGCCAUGAAGGUUAUCCGGGCGAGGUGACAGUCAACAUUAACUUUUCGCUCAACGAUGCCGGCUGCUUUGGCAUGCGGAUUGAGGCGCGUGCAAAGGCCACCACUUGCAUCAAUAUCGCGAAUCAUGCUUACUUCAAUCUGGCCGGACACGGCACCGGCAAGGAUACUCUGAUGCAGCACAUGAUUAUGAUCAAAGCAAGUAAACUCGUGGACACUGAUCAGGAGCAAAUCCCCACGGGAAAGCUGAUGCCUUUGCGGAAUACACCAUAUGACUUCUCCACUUUGACCAAUCUGGGCAAACGCAUCAAUCAGGUUUCUCGCUGUCCUAUUUGUGGCUUUGACAACAGCUACUGCACGGAUGUGGAUCCCAAUCAGGUGAAGCUCGUGGCUCGUGCUGUGCAUCCUUGUUCGGGACGCUAUAUGGAGGUGCAUACAAACCAGCCAGCUUUGCAUUUAUACACAGCAAACAAUUUGCCUGAUGAGGAGCGCGGUGAUGUGGAGAACAUUGGCAAAGAGGGUAGUCAUUAUGUGAAGCACGGUUCUUUCUGUAUGGAGACCCAGAAGUAUCCGGAUGCCAUGAACAAUCCAGAAUUUCCCUCAAUAAUGUUAAAUCCAGGUCAAUUGUAUGACCACCAAGUGGUCUACAGAUUUGGCGCAUGCCCCAAGCGCAUAUAACAAAAAUUUCUACAUACGCAGAUCUUUAUUUAAUUUAAAUAAGAAUAUCACGAGGUGUUAAAAGUAAAGUAAAAAAUGUAAAGAAAUCAAA